AUGCCGUCCCUCGUAUCAACCUGGCACCCCGGCGAACUCGCCAUGCACCGUGAGCUGCGAAACCCGCGCUUCGAGAAUCCCACGUCGCCUGGCUGUCCCACGCCAUAUGCCAUGAGGGUGAUGCACUCACAGCUCGUUGCUCUGGGCACAUUAGACGAUGAAGGGAGGCCGUGGACGACGGUCUGGGGAGGAGAACGGGGCUUUGCGAGGCCAAUUGCUGAGGGGGUCCUCGGACUGAAGAGCGCGGUUGAUAAGGUGUAUGAUCCUGUUUACAAGGCUUUUUGGGACUCUUCCACGGAUAAAAGCGGUGGUGAUGAUGGGGACGGCAUAGUGAGCCCUGAGGGAGGCAAAAUGAUGAGCGCCCUGUCGAUUGACCUCGAGACCCGCGAUCGCGUCAAGCUCGCGGGGAGACUCAUUGCCGGCGCUGAUAUUCCCGGUCUGGAGAGCGAAGUGCAGCUUGCAUUUCACGUGGAAGAGAGUCUGGGUAAUUGUCCCAAGUACAUCAACAAGAAGACUCUCCAGACGGUCGUUCCCCAGCCGGAGUUGGUUGCUGGUGGACCAAGCGGGAUGCUCCCCCCUGAAGCAGUUGCCUUGAUUGAGCAGGCCGACAUGUUUUUCCUUUCCAGCACGAAUGGGGUGACUAUGGAUACGAAUCAUAGGGGUGGACCGAGGGGGUUUAUUCGACUUCUGAAGAAUGAUGAAGAUGGAGUAGAGUUGGUAUAUCCAGAGUACUCGGGAAACAGAUUAUACCAAUCCCUGGGAAACCUCAAAGUCAACCCCCUCAUCGGCAUCGUCAUCCCCGACUACACCACCUCAGGCGCCCUCUACCUCACCGGCCGCUCGACCAUCCUCCUCGGCAAGCAAGCCUCCGACGUCCUCCCCCGCUCCAACAUGGCCGUCAAAAUCACACUCUCCGCGUCCCGCCUCGUGAAAGCCAGUCUGCCCUUCCGCGGCACCCCCGACGAACCUUCGCCGUAUAAUCCUCCUGUACGCUAUCUUCUCUCAGAGAGGGCUCCUGCGCUUGCGCCCACUGAUCGCCCGGAUAUCAAUGCCACGCUCGUAGCAAGGGACAUUAUCACGCCUACCAUUGCCGUCUUCACGUUCAAGCUCGAAACGCCUGAUCCGGGGACUGUUCUCCCGCAGUGGAAAGCAGGACACCACGUAACGCUCAAUUUCGAGACUGAACUCAGCCAUGGCUAUGCACACAUGAAUGAUGCUGACCCUCAGAGUCUCAACGACGAUUACGUCCGCACGUUCACAGUCUCAAGUCCUCCUGGGUCCCUCCCCGCAAAGGAUACCUUUCAAAUCACGGCGAGGCUGCAUGGGCCUGUGACGAGGUUCCUUUGGAGACAUAACACGCGUGUGCCGCUGGAUGUGCAGGUUCUGGGCUUUAGUGGCAAGGAUGCCUUUGCACUGCCUUCUUCUUUGAGUGCUGGAGAGGGCAAGGAGCCGGUGUAUGUUGCGGGGGGAGUCGGGAUCACGCCUUUGCUUGCGCAGGGGAAGGGGAUCAUUGAUGCGGGUGUGCCGUUGAGACUGUUUUGGACGCUGAGGGGUGAGGAUCUGGCGUUGGCGGUGCACGUGUUUGAUCGGAUUCCUGGGUUGGCGGAAAGGACGACUCUGUUUGCUACGGGAGUGUUGGCGGGGGAGGAUACGCAGAGAUUACUUGAGAAGAUUCGGGAGCGGGGAGCGGACGUUGUGGCGAGACGGAUGAGGGGUGAUGAUUUGGGGGAGUUGAGCCAGAGGGGACAGAAGAAGUUUUAUCUGUGUACGGGGCCGGGGCUUUUGAUGACUUUGAGGGAGUGGCUAGAAGAUGAGGAUGUUGUUUGGGAGGAUUUUGGGUAUUGA